UUUCAAUUUCUAAACAAAACUAUCUACACGUGGAAAUUAUAAAAAGAAAAGUUUUAAGAAUUAAAAACUCACCGAGAUACAAAUAUUUCAUUUAGAUCGUAAAGAAAAUACUAUUUUAUCAAAAUGCCUAAAUCAAAACGCGAUAAAAAAGUUUCUUUAACGAAAACAAAUAAAAAAGGGCUCCAACUCAAGCAAAAAAUUAUAGAAGAGAUUAGAAAUAGUUUAUCCAAAUAUGAACACAUUUUCCUUUUCACUGUCGAUAACAUGCGAAACACAAAGUUAAAAGAUUUGCGAAAUGAGUGGAAAGAUUCAAGAUUCUUUUUCGGAAAAAACAAAGUAAUGGCAGUUGCUCUUGGAAGAAAUAAAAGUGAUGAAAUGGAAGAUCAACUUAAUUUGUUAUCAAAAAAAUUACAAGGUCAAUGUGGACUUCUUAUGACCAACCGAGAUGUGAUGGAUGUAUUGCAGUGGUUUAAAGAUUUUACAGAAGAAGAAUAUGCAAGAGCAGGUUUUGUUGCAACGAAGGAUGUAAUUCUACCCCAGGGUCCACUCAAAGACUUUUCACACACUAUUGAACCCCAUUUAAGACGUUUAGGGCUUCCAACAUCUUUAGAACGAGGUGUUAUACACCUCAUAAAAGAAUAUCAGGUGUGUAAAAAGGGUGUUCCUCUAACUCCAGAGCAAGCGAGUAUAUUAAAACUAUUGGGCAUACAAUUGGCCACAUUCAAAGUUGUGAUUAAGUGUCACUGGACCAAAGGGAAAGGAUUUCAUAAAGAUGUUGAUGUGCCCAGUGAUGAAGAAGCGGAUGAUGAUGAUGAGAAUGAUGUAGAGGCCAUGGAGGAAGAUGAAACAUAAUAAAAAUUAAAAAUAAGAAAACAGAUUUUUCUAUCUC